AACAGCCUCCAACAUGAAUGAAUUGGAACAGUUGGAGCACCUGUCGCUGGUGUCCAAAAUUUGCACCGAGCUCGAGAACCAUCUCGGUUUGAACGACAAAGAUUUGGCCGAGUUUAUUAUCGAUCUUGCACACAAAAACCCCACCAUCGAAGCGUUCAAGCGUGUGCUGGUAGAAAAUGGUGCCGAAUUUUCAGACUCCUUCACCACAAAUCUGCUGCGUAUUAUACAGCUGAUGAAACCAGCCGGAAAGUCGGGUGGAAUAUCCGUGUUCGAGGACGAUGUCAACAACGAUGGUAAGAAUCUUGCAUACAAAUUUCCCGGUUUAGCGAUACCGAACUACAAGAAGGCGUACUCAUCCGAUGAGGAAGUGGAUGAUGAUACGAAAGAUGAUCGGAAAGCGGAAAAGUAUAAAGAUAGGAAGGAGGACAAGAAACCGUUCGGUAGCGGCGUGGUUGACGAUAUGUUUUCGGAGUUGGAGCAAAUGGCUCCUUCGAAAUCGAGCAUGGAAGAGGGAAAAUCACGCGAACAGGUCGAGGUGGAUAAUAUGUUUGCUGAGCUGGAAAAUCUUGCUCCAUCUAAAGCGACCGACGAGGAACGGGAAGUGAAGCGCCGAGACCGGCGUAGUCAGUCACGCGAGCGAAGGAAAGAUCGCAGCAGGUCGAGGGAAAAUCGGCGUGAUCGCAGUAGAUCGCGCGAUCGCCGAAGACGGAGCAGAUCGAAGGAUAGAAAGCGCCGAAGCCGUUCGAGAAGUCGCGAUCGGCAUGAUCGGGACCGCAAUCGUGACCGAGAGCGGGGAGGACGUGAACGGGAUCGCCGAACAAGGCGUAGCCGUUCGGGAAGCCAUUCCCGGGACAGAAACCAUCGCCAUCGCAAUCGGAGCAAUUCACGCGAACAACCACCAACGGUGGACCGAAGAAAACGAACCCCUCCGAUGCCGGAAGAACCAGAGCCGGGCAAAAUUUACGACGGACGGGUAGUAAACAUAGUCGCUUUCGGAUGUUUCGUACAGUUGAAUGGAUUCCGCCGCAAGAAGGAAGGUUUGGUACACAUUUCCCAACUCUCCACCGAGGGCCGGGUGAACCUCGUGACGGAUGUCGUCAAUCGGGGAGAUGAAGUGAAGGUUAAGGUGAUGUCGCUGGCGGGGAACAAAAUUUCGCUCAGCAUGAAGGAGGUAGAUCAAUCGAACGGGCGGGAUCUGAAUCCACUAUCGCACGCCCACCUGAAGGAGGCAGCCGAGGCGGAACUUGCCGGUCGUAAUCCGGAUCGCCCCAUGACCGUCCCCUCGAUGCUAAAUCUUCAGGAAGGUACACUCGAACCGGUAGAGGAAACGUCACGCAAAAAAGUGACCCGCAUUUCAUCACCCGAACGCUGGGAAAUCAAACAGAUGAUCUCGUCCGGUGUGAUCGAUCGAUCCGAGAUGCCAGACUUUGACGAGGAAACGGGUCUGUUGCCGAAGGACGAGGAUAGUGAGGCGGACAUUGAGAUAGAAAUUGUGGAAGAUGAACCACCGUUCCUGCAGGGACAUGGGCGCGCACUGCACGAUCUUUCCCCGGUAAGGAUAGUGAAAAAUCCGGAUGGUUCGCUGGCACAGGCGGCCAUGAUGCAGACGGCACUAGCGAAAGAACGGCGCGAGCAGAAGAUGCUUCAGCGCGAGCAGGAAAUGGAUGCCGUACCGACAAACAUGAACAAAAACUGGAUUGAUCCACUGCCGGACGAGGAUGACGAGCGUACUAUGGCGUCCAAUACGCGCGGUGUCGGUAUGUCCACCCAGGAUGUACCGGAGUGGAAGAAAGCCAUCAUAGGCGGGAAGAAGAGUUCCUUCGGAAGGAAAACCGACAUGAGUUUGGUGGAGCAGCGUCAAUCGUUGCCGAUCUACAAGCUGCGCGAUGAUCUCAUCAAAGCCGUUACGGAUAAUCAAAUUUUGAUCGUAAUCGGUGAGACUGGUUCCGGCAAAACGACUCAAAUCACGCAAUAUCUUGCCGAGAGUGGAUUUAUCGCACGGGGCAAGAUUGGCUGUACCCAGCCGCGUCGUGUUGCGGCCAUGUCAGUGGCAAAGCGUGUCGCGGAAGAGUACGGUUGUCGACUAGGUCAGGAAGUAGGAUACACGAUCCGUUUCGAGGACUGCACCAGCCAGGAAACGGUCAUUAAGUAUAUGACAGACGGUAUGUUGUUGCGCGAAUGUUUGGUUGACUUUGACCUGAAAUCGUACUCCGUCAUCAUGUUGGAUGAAGCGCACGAGCGCACGAUCCACACGGAUGUACUGUUUGGACUGCUAAAGCAAGCCGUCCAGAAGCGUCCGGAGCUGAAACUGAUCGUAACGUCCGCAACGCUUGAUGCAGUAAAAUUUUCGCAAUACUUCUUCGAAGCACCAAUCUUUACCAUCCCCGGACGUACGUUUCCGGUCGAGAUUCUCUACACGAAGGAACCGGAAACGGAUUAUCUCGACGCAUCACUUAUCACCGUAAUGCAGAUUCACCUACGCGAACCACCCGGCGAUGUAUUGCUGUUCCUAACGGGUCAGGAAGAAAUCGAUACGGCGUGUGAAAUUUUGUACGAACGCAUGAAAUCGCUCGGUCCUGAUGUGCCGGAACUGAUCAUUCUGCCCGUCUAUUCCGCACUACCUUCGGAAAUGCAAACACGCAUCUUUGAUCCAGCACCACCGGGCAGCCGUAAGGUGGUAAUUGCCACCAACAUUGCCGAAACGUCGCUCACAAUCGAUGGCAUCUACUACGUGGUGGAUCCCGGCUUUGUCAAGCAAAAAGUGUACAACUCCAAGACGGGUAUGGAUUCGCUCGUGGUCACACCGAUUUCGCAAGCUGCCGCUAAACAGCGAGCAGGUCGUGCCGGUCGUACUGGACCGGGCAAAGCGUACCGACUGUACACGGAACGUGCCUAUCGGGAUGAAAUGUUACCGACACCCGUACCCGAAAUUCAACGCACAAAUCUUGCAACCACAGUACUUCAGCUAAAAACUAUGGGAAUAAACGAUCUGCUACAUUUCGACUUCAUGGAUGCGCCACCGGUUGAAUCGCUCGUAAUGGCACUGGAACAGCUACACUCACUAUCGGCGCUCGAUAACGAAGGUCUACUAACGCGACUCGGUCGAAGAAUGGCCGAAUUCCCGCUCGAACCCAAUCUUUCGAAGUUGCUCAUCAUGUCCGUCGCGCUGCAAUGUUCCGACGAGGUGCUUACGAUCGUAUCGAUGCUUUCCGUACAGAACGUGUUCUAUAGACCGAAGGACAAGCAAGCACUCGCCGAUCAGAAAAAGGCCAAAUUCAACCAGAUCGAAGGCGACCACUUAACGCUGUUAGCCGUCUAUAACAGCUGGAAGAAUAAUAAGUUUUCCAACGCUUGGUGCUAUGAAAACUUUGUACAAAUUCGUACCCUAAAGCGUGCGCAAGACGUACGGAAGCAAUUGCUCGGCAUUAUGGAUCGCCACAAGCUGGACGUGGUAUCGGCCGGUAAGAAUACGGUACGUGUACAGAAAGCCAUCUGUUCCGGAUUUUUCCGUAACGCGGCCAAGAAGGACCCGCAGGAAGGCUAUCGGACGCUCGUUGACUCGCAGGUCGUCUACAUACAUCCGUCCAGUGCGCUGUUUAACCGGCAACCGGAAUGGGUGGUUUAUCACGAGCUCGUCCAAACUACAAAGGAGUAUAUGCGCGAGGUUACCACCAUCGAUCCCAAAUGGUUGGUCGAGUUUGCACCGGCCUUCUUCCGCUUCUCCGAUCCGACAAAGCUAAGCAAAUUCAAGAAGAACCAACGGCUAGAACCAUUGUACAACAAGUACGAGGAACCGAACGCGUGGCGUAUCAGCAGAACGAGACGGCGCAGAAAUUAAGCAACA